CUGAAGCCGUUUUCAGAUCAAAAGCAGAGAGAGAAAGUUAGAGAGAGAGAGAGAGAGAGUAGUGAGCAUGGGCAUUCACAGCUUUACACGAAACCCAUUAAUGGUUAUCAAAAAUUAUUGACCAUAGUCCGCCCAAAUACACCAAACUUCUUCUUUUUGCUCAAAACUCAAACAACAAACGACUCUCAACCGAAAAAAAAAAAGAGCUUCUUCAUUUUUGGUUUGGUUGUUAUUUUUUCCUUUAAUUUUUUUUUUAAUUUUAAUUGAUCUUGAGAGACAUGGCAACGAAAGAAUCGAGCUCUGGUUCUUCAGCGGAGAGUAGUAAAAUCAAAGGAGUGCUCACUCAUGGCGGUCGGUACGUGCAGUACAAUGUGUACGGAAACUUGUUUGAGGUCUCCAGCAAGUACGUCCCUCCCAUUCGCCCUAUUGGUAGAGGCGCUUAUGGCAUUGUCUGUGCUGCUGUUAAUUCAGAUACACACGAGGAAGUUGCCAUUAAGAAGAUUGGUAAUGCAUUUGAUAACAGAAUAGAUGCCAAAAGGACGUUGAGAGAAAUCAAGCUUCUUCGCCACAUGGAGCACGAAAAUGUCAUUGCCGUCAAGGACAUCAUACGACCGCCAAAAAAGGAGACCUUCAAUGACGUGUACAUUGUUUAUGAAUUAAUGGACACUGAUCUUCAUCAAAUCAUUCGUUCUGACCAACCGCUAACAGAUGAUCACUGUCAGUACUUUCUGUAUCAGCUGUUACGUGGACUGAAGUAUGUACACUCUGCCAAUGUCCUGCACCGUGAUCUUAAGCCCAGUAAUUUGCUUCUAAAUGCUAAUUGUGACCUCAAAAUUGGUGAUUUUGGAUUGGCAAGAACGACAUCUGAGACGGAUUUCAUGACUGAGUAUGUUGUCACUCGUUGGUACCGAGCACCGGAGUUGCUCCUCAAUUGUUCAGAGUACACUGCUGCCAUUGAUAUAUGGUCUGUUGGUUGCAUUCUUGGUGAAAUUAUGACUCGAGAACCUUUAUUCCCCGGGAAAGAUUAUGUUCAUCAGCUAAGGCUUAUCACAGAGUUACUAGGUUCACCUGAUGAUGCUAGCCUUGGAUUUCUUCGGAGUGAUAAUGCACGAAGAUACAUGAAACAAUUUCCUCAAUGCCGGAAGCAACAAUUCGCUGCUAGAUUCCCCAACAUGUCACCCGGGGCUGUGGAUCUGCUUGAGAAGAUGCUCGUGUUUGAUCCCAACAAACGCAUUACUGUUGAAGAGGCGCUUUGUCACCCGUACUUGUCAUCCCUUCAUGACAUCAAUGAUGAGCCCGUCUGCCCGAGGCCUUUCAAUUUUGAUUUUGAGCAUCCAUCAUGCAGUGAAGAGAACAUCAAAGAGCUCAUCUGGAAAGAAUCAGUGAAGUUCAACCCGGACCCUACCUACUAAAAUAUCAUGCUUUGCUUAUGGUAUAGAAAUAUAUGGCGAAAAACUUUUCCCCUGUACACGGUAUAUCGUUCCCGGAUGAUAGGAAUAGCACUAGAGAUUGAUUUGCUCAUAACUUGAGGUCAACUAAUAUGCAAUGAGCUGAGCAAUUGAGUGUUGACUGACUAUCAGCAGGCUCCAAGUGGAUGGUCAUUUUGGUUAAUUGGUUAUUGUAUGAGCUAUCAAGGCUCCAAGGCAAAAAAGUUCAAAGUUAGGGACAAGAAAAUGGUGCCAACUUUCUAUUACAUAUGACAUAAAACUUGGACU